AUGUAUAUCGUCCACGAUAAUAUCGCCAGCCUGCAGGGGAAGAUUAACAAUCCCAGCGCCGCUGAACUCGUUCACUGUCUGUUCUCUAUACUGGAUCUGGUUGUGUUUCACUGUAAUGAGGAUCUCCCUCCAUCUAUCGUGGCUCCUCUCUUUGAGCCGGAGUGUGUGAUUUUUCUGAGCGAGGAGGCGACGCCGGAGGAGGAUCAUCUGUGGCAGUCGCUGGGAGAUGCCUGGAACAUUCCCAGCACUAAGUGGCCGGAGGAUGAUGAUGAUAUUCCCACCUUCACGCCGUUGUUUGAUGACGGAUGGGAGCCGCCAGCCAUCAGAAACCCAGAGCCAAGCGUCACAAACACGAAUGCUAACACAAGCAAACGAGAGCCAGCUCGAGUGCCUGUGACACGACAAAUGAGCAACAGACUGCCGCCGGAGCCUGAGGACAGUUUAGAGGAGUUACCGGUGAGCUUCAUGAGAGCUGUGUUUGAUUUCACAGCACGAAACCCACGAGAGCUUUCCAUCUGUAAAGGUGAACAACUACAG